AUGCAAUCAUCAUUGUCCAGUUUAAUAGCUAUAAUGAAUUCAGUUAUAUAUUAUUUGUAUGAAAUUGGUGGUCCAGUUUUAAUGGUUAUUGGUACUGUUGGUUGUACGAUCAAUCUAAUUGUUUUUUCACAAAAAUCUCUUCGAAAAAAUCCAUGUUCAAUCUAUUUUAUUGCAUUUAAUAUUGCAAAUUUUUUCUAUAUAUACUCGUCAUUAUUAGCUUUAAUACUUAGUGCAGGAUAUAAUGUUAAUCCAAGUGUAUACAAUUUAAUUAUUUGUCGUUUACGUUUAUAUGCAUCACUAUUAUUUGAUUGUUUAAGUGCAUUUUAUUUAAUUUUAGCUUCUAUUGAUCGAGUUUUUAUUACU